UCGAAGCAGAUGCGCCAACAACAAAACUAUAUAGAUUUCAUGGGGCCUUAAUACAUCCCUCUGGUGAGAGAGUACCAAUAUCAACAGAGUGUUUAUUACUCAGAGAAAGCAGACUUAAGAAUACCGAUUUCAUAGAAGGCAUUGUUGUAUAUGCUGGACAUGAAACAAAAUCGAUGCUUAAUAAUAGUGGUCCCCGCUACAAACGUUCCCAGGUGGAACAACAAAUGAACAUAGAUGUUAUCUGGUGUGUAAUUAUACUGUUAAUAUUGUGUGUAGUUGGUGCUGUGGGUUGCAAAAUGUGGCUUAGUUCUUUUGAACAGUUUCCUGUACCUUAUUUACCAUUCGACGUAAAUCCAGAUUAUGAAGGCCUUUUGAUAUUUUGGACAUAUAUUAUAAUACUUCAAGUCAUGAUACCAUUAUCUUUAUAUGUGACAAUAGAGUUAUGCAAAAUAUUACAAGUUUUCCAUAUACACAACAAUAUGGACCUAUUUGACAGUGACACAAAUAAGAAAACGGAAUGCCGUGCAAUGAAUAUAACAGAAGAACUUGGCCAAGUACAGCACAUCUUCUCCGAUAAAACAGGAACUUUAACUGAAAACAAAAUGUUAUUUCGCCGUUGUGUUGUCAAUGGCACAGACUACAAUCAUCCGCCCUCAGAGUUAGAGAAGGUUUAUUCAAAACCUGGAUCUCCAGCACCGCCCUUAAUAGCGAAUGCCUCGCUUAUAAACGAUAUGCUUAAUUUAAGCUCGUCGGGACAGUAUUUAUCACAAAAUUCACAACGUAUUCAAGAAUUUCUUGUUGUAUUAGCAAUAUGUAAUACAGUAAUUGUUAGUGCAACACCACAUCGUGAUCUCAUGAACGCCAGCGGUAUAAUUGAGGUACAAAGCAAUAAUGCUUCACUAGUGGGAGAUUCGUCAGUGACUCUAAAAGCUGUAAAAGCUUCUGCUGACCAAAAUGAUUUAUCAGGAUCACCAUCUGUUGCACAAAAUAAAUUGGCCUCAGCUAUACCAGCAGAUCGGUAUGUACGACUAGCCGAAUCGAGAUCCGUGACUCCAUCACCACCUCCAAAUUUGCUGUUCAACAUUCCCACACAAUCACAUAUACCUUCGUUAUCACCAAUAAGUAGUUCAGCGGAGUCAACACCUACCUCAGAAUCACCACCAAUGAAAAUGAAAUCAUUGUCACACAACAUAUCUCCUACAGGACGUGCUAAAGCAGUUAUAAAUUCUAAAAUUACAAGUCUAACGACUUUUCUAAAUUCAAAGACACAAUCAAAACGAUUAGCGAAUAAAUUACAACAGCAAAAAAACAAUCUCACAUAUCAAACACUUGACGGACGUCCAUUGUAUGAAGCUGAAAGUCCUGAUGAAUUAGCAUUGGUGAAUGCUGCUUAUAGUUACGACUGUUGCCUUAUUAAUCGUAGUCCUAAUCACAUUUUAGUUAGCAUACCCAAUAAGGGGUUAGUCGAGUAUGAAGUUUUAAAAAUACUGCCUUUUGAUUCCAGUCGAAAAUGUAUGUCUGUUGUGGUAAGACGCACGGGUACACAAGAAAUUGUUUUAUACACCAAAGGCGCUGAUAGUUCCAUUAUGCCUGUACUUGCGCCAUGUUCGCCAAAUUCGCCCGAUGGUAUAAUUCGUGAAAAAACACAACAGCAACUUGAUCAUUACGCUCGUGAGGGUCUGCGAAUUUUAGUUAUGGCCAAAAGAAAUCUUAAUCCUGCGGAAUAUACGGAGUGGUGGGCCAGGCAUCAAGAAAUUGAAAUGUCUAUGGAAAAUCGAGAACGGCGCUUGCGUGAUUCUUUUGCGAAAUUGGAAAGCAACUUAACACUUUUAGGAGCCACAGGCAUUGAAGAUCGACUUCAGGAGGGUGUACCUGAAACAAUAUCAUCUUUGUUGGCUGCUGGGAUAUCCAUAUGGGUACUAACCGGAGAUAAACCAGAAACCGCUAUUAAUAUUGCUUAUUCAGCUAAACUAUUUACGCAGCAAAUGGAAUUAGUGAGAUUAACAGCCCGUUCAAAGGAUGCAGCAGAAUCUGCCAUUAACUUUUAUUUGAACGAAGUUGAAACGGCAAAAAAUGCACCGCAUCGCUUAAAGCAGCGUGCACUUGUAGUUGAUGGUAAAACCUUAACAUUUAUAUUAGACUUAAGAUCGAAACUAAUAAGACCUUUUCUGAAAUUGGCUAAAAGCUGUGCUUCAGUAUUGUGUUGUCGUUCCACACCAUUACAGAAAGCAUAUUUGGUAAAAGUGGUAAAGGAAGAGUUACGCCUUUGUACAUUAGCAAUUGGUGACGGUGCCAACGAUGUAUCUAUGAUACAAAUGGCUGACGUCGGCGUUGGUAUAUCUGGCCAAGAAGGUACACAAGCUGUAAUGGCUGCUGAUUUUACAGUUGCUCGGUUUCGCUAUUUGGAGCGUUUACUUCUUACGCAUGGUUAUUGGUGUUAUGAUCGUCUGUCACGUAUGAUACUUUACUUUUUUUAUAAAAAUGCUGCCUUUGUAUUUCUAAUAUUCUGGUACCAGUUGUAUUGUGGAUUUUCGGGAUCUGUUAUGAUGGACCAAAUGUAUUUAAUGUUGUAUAAUUUAAUAUUUACUUCGCUGCCGCCUUUAGCCAUUGGUGUAUACGAUCAACGGGUACCAGAGGAUUUAUUACUAAGAAACACAUAUCUGUAUAAAAAUGGCCGUUUGGGUUUAGCCUAUAAACCACAUGAUUUUUGGAUAGUGCUGCUAGAUGCGCUGUAUCAAAGUCUGGUAGUAUUCUUUAUUGCAUUAUGUGCAUAUGCUGAUUCCGAUGUUGGUAUAUGGGAAUUUGGUGCCACCAUAACAGCUUCAUGUUUAUAUACGAAUUUAUUACAUGGUGUAAUUGAAAUACGGUCUUGGACAAUUCUCCACGUGCUUUCAAUGGUUUUUAGUUUGGGUUCUUUUUAUUUGUUUUCCAUUGUUUACAACUCCAUGUGCGUCAAUUGUUUUGGUUUACCAUCCAGCUAUUGGGUGAUCUUUCGAUGUUUUAGAUCUGCAGUUCAUUGGCUUGUCAUUGCAUUGUCAGCCGUUGUAGCUGUUUUACCAAGAUUGGUUCUUACUGUUUUACGAACUACAUUAUAUCCAGAUGAUAGUACAAAAGUUUUACUGCAUAACAAACGAGAACGUCAUAGAGGUGAGGGUCUGUUAGUUACUUGGUCAAGGUCAACAUCUGCUUCAUCAAUAUAUAGAAUCACCGAUUAUGGGUCUAAGAAUCAGAUUAUAACAUCAAUUACCUGAUUAUUACUUAAUAUUAAUAUAAAUUAUAAACAACAAUAUACCAACGACUUUUU